AUGGAUGUUAGUCACACUGACGCACGGGGACUCAAGCCUGGUAUCGGGAUUCCAAUUCAAGUUAGUAUAGAUGGCAUGUUACAUCAUCGCAUCACAGGUUUUCGGUCAAUCAUUGCAUCACCAGUUUUCAGUCGCGAAUAUUUCACACCAUGGGUAUCAUCAUUUUUCAUACAAGGUGACUUUGAUUCAAAUCUUUUUUGA